UAAAAAGUUAGGCAGCUCCCAAACAGGAAUUGCGUUAAUUUUAAAACCUGGCCUGGGCUUAAUUACUUCAAUAUUGGCCGUCAGCAAGUUAGGCAGUUAUUACGUGCCUUUUCCCUCUUCUGAAGACGCGGAUCUUGUUUUCAAAAGUUUUGCUUAUCACAAACUAGAAUAUAUAAUUACUAGCGAAACCGGCUUAGAAAGAUUACAAACUUCUAAUGGAAUUCUCUCUUCACUAUUAUGUGUUAAGAUUCUUCCUUUAAAUCUUAAGUUACUUAUUUUGGAGUUUUCCACAAAAACUACUUCGGCUCAUUUACUUUGUGAAAAUGAUUUGGCUUACAUUAUACCCACCUCGGGAACUUCUGGAAUGCCAAAGUCCGUGUGUGUUAGGAACUGCUCAAUUAUUACUAAUAUAAAGGAACUUUGUGAUUUAUUAAAUCUGGUACCGCAAGAUCGUUGCUUGAUGUCUGCGCCGCCUACUUUUGAUCCAUCUCUAAUAGAAAUGUUUGUAACUUUUUCGUCUCUGGCUACUCUUGUUAUAGUCUCUGAAGAAAUUAUAAAAGUUCCCGAAGUUUUAUAUAAUUCCGUGAAAUCAGCGGGCUUGUCUGUUUUGCUUUGCACUCCGACUUUGUUUUUUCGAUUUGGAAAAUAUAUUCCUUCUUUAUUACUGCAACUUCGGAUACUUGCUUUAGGCGGCGAGCAAAUUCCAUUUACUUUUUAUGAUUUUAUACCGAAACAUUGCACUGCUCGUAUAUAUAAUCUUUACGGCACUACAGAACUCUCUUGCUGGUCUUUUUUUUAUCAGCUGUUUCCUACAGAAAAAAGUUUGUGUUCCUGCAGCGCUCUUGCCAUCCCCAUUGGAUGUUCCUUUCCUUCAAUCACAUAUCGGCUUUCUAGUACGAGUAAAGAUUAUGGCGAGCUAAUAAUAACGGGAUAUUCAAAAAGAUUGUGCCGCUACACCGGUGAAGCUGCUAUUCCAAAUUGUCGUAGGACACGAGAUUUAUUCAAGGUUUGCGCCCAGUGUCAGAAUUUAUUUUUUAUGGGAAGAAUAGAUGAAGUGUUUAAAAGAAAUGGGAAAAAAGUAAAUCUUCAGCACCUGUCGAGCGAUAUAUUACUUUUAUGGAACACACAACAAAACGUUGCGCACGCUAAUAUAAUAAGAAUGCAAUCCUGCCAUCUCCUGUUUUUAGUAGAACAAUCAGAAUUAGUCGCGUUAGUGACUUUUGCAGGUGAACCUCGUAACGCUGUAGCGCCCGAUUCCUCCUUUUUAUUAGGUUCCUCUUAUCACUACGCACGCGACCGACUGGAAAGCGGGAGUCGCUUUAAUAAUGUAGUGGAGCGCAAUAUUAAUAAGUGGGACCAAACGUGUUACGAAAUUCAGCUGUUUUUAGAGGCAGAGUUGCCCGCCCACAAGACUCCUUCUAUCGUAGUCGCACUUUCUUUUUUUCCAGUAACUAGACAUGGGAAAGUUAGUCAGCGUAAACUUAGCAGUUGCUGUAAACAACUUUUUUGUGCGGCCACAGAUAAACAUAACAGUACUGAGGCAAAGCAACAAACAAUCAAACACUUAUUAACGGAGAAACCCCUUCAUCUUUUAACUUCGCUCUUUCCAACGCAUUUGAAAAAAAUCAAGAUGGAUUCUUACUUAGUUAUGUAUGGAAUUGAAUCAAUUUCCAUCGCCCGAGCGGCUGCUAUGCUUUCGAGGGAAUACGGUUUCCCGCUUGAACGUUUGAUGGAUCUCUUGUUUAAUAAAACCAUUAAAGAAAUUUGUAAAUCUCUUAGUCUUUUAAGCAGUACUACGUUUGAUAUGCUUUGCGAAGAAAUAUUACCAAGCAAGGCGGAAUUCGUAAACACAACAGGACGAGAUCCUAUAGCAUUUCAAUUCUCCGCUGUGGAUAAUUUAACUUCAAUUACGCGUGGCGGUCGAGUAGAUGCCGGACCUUUAGCGUUCCAAGAUUUAAAAAAGCUUGAAGUUGUAUGGCGUGUAAAUACGCUUAAGUGUGUGGAUUCAUCGCCUUUAGUGGUGUAUAAGGAUGAAAACAUUUCCUACACAUACAUAGGCGGCCAUUCGCAGUAUUUAUACUGUAUUAACAAUGCUAAUGGGAGCGUGGUCUGGUCCUUGAAACUGAACGGGCGAAUUGAAGCAUCUUGCGUAUUCUUAUAUGGCGGAUAUAUUGUUGUGGGGUGCCACGAUAAUUUUGUCUACUUCAUAACCUUUCAUACUGGUCAGCUUGCUUAUAAUAUUAAUGUAGGCGAGGUGGUUAAAAGCACGGCUUGUGUCUAUUUGGAUAAAUUUAUAUUUUUGGGUUUUUCUUUCGUUUUUUGUAGUAUUAUAAUAACGCUGUUCAUAUAACACACUACGAGGCUUUUACGUUAAAUUAUCUCUUCAAGCGCUUUAACUUUUGACAUAUCUUCAUAGGCACCUACAACAAAGAUUUAGUUAUGAUCGACACUGUAUCGCAAAGCAUUAGCUGGAAAGUACAACUAACAGGAAGCGUGUGCUCGACUCCGUGCGUUGAAGAAAAAACGUCGGUGUACGUUGGAUCCCUCUCGGGGGAUCUUUAUAGCUUUUGCCUAUGCGAGGGCUGUUUGCUCUCCAAAGAGCACUGCUUACGAGGCUUCAAGGGAAGUACGGCUAACCCUCGAUUAGCUUGGACAUAUCACUGCCCGAAGCCCCUCUUCUCUUCCCCUCUUCUGAGCCGUUCCAGUGUUUUGAUUGGGUGCGCUGACGGAUUCCUGUAUAAUAUUUCAAAAGAGGGUGGAACUCUUUUAUGGAGAUAUCAAACCGACGGUCCUAUCUUUGCAUCACCUUGCAUCUAUGAAAUGGAAAAAAAGGAGUCAACUUUAGCAGCCUCACCAUGUUUUGUCGUUUUUGGAUCUUAUGACAAACACAUGCAUUGCGUUUCUCUCGACUCUGGCAAUCUUGUAUGGAAAACUUUGUGCUCUUCGGAAAUCUACUCGACAUCUUUUAUUAUUAACGCUUACAAUUUGAAAAAUAAUGCUUGUGAGCCUUUUCCAAAAAGGAUUCGUCGGGAAAAAUAUAGUGACCGUCAACCCCUUUUAUUAAGCUGCUCCAUUGACGGUUCCGUACAGAUUUUAUCAGGAGUAGAUGGCUCGCCAAAAACGAAAUCUUUAAAACUGCCAGGACAAGUUUUCUCUUCUCCUGUUUGUGUUCCAGGUAAACAGCUAAAAAUAGUUAUCGGCUGCCGUGACGAUUAUGUGUAUUGCCUGCUUUUAAAAUAAAGCUAGCUUUUUGCGCUUACCAGCUCAGCAUGCCUUUCA